AGCGACGCUCCCUAUUCUCAACCAUGGGCAAAAGUGGCGGCUCAAGUUCAAUUCCGAAGCCGAGGUGUUCUCUGGGCACCAUGGAUGAGGUGAGGCUAGUCUUCAACAAGUACGACGCGAACGGUGACGGCAAGAUCUCCUGCGACGAGCUGAGGCAAGCCCUGAGUGCGCUUGGCCCGACGGCGGCCACCCUUGAGGAGGCGAGGCGCGCGUUGUCGGAGAUCGAUAUGAACGGGGAUGGCUUCAUCGACCUCAACGAGUUUGCCGAGAUCUUCACGUGGGGGCCGGGUGGUGGCCGCAACGAGCAGGAGGAGCUCAAGGGGGUGUUCGACAUUUACGACCUCGACAAGAACGGGCGGAUCUCGGCGAAGGAGCUGCACGCGGUGAUGAAGAAGCUUGGGGAGAAGUGCUCGCUGAGCGAUUGCCGGAGGAUGAUUGGCUCCGUCGACAGAGACGGGGACGGCCAAGUCGAUUUCGACGAGUUCAAGGCCAUGAUGACGAAGUCAAGCUCUUCUGAUUCUUAACAAGUGAUGAUGCAUGGGCGUGGAGUAAAACCCUUUUCCGUUCUAUUUCUUUUUCUUCAGUCGAGUUUUUCAGUCAUGAUUGAUUUAGGUUUAGUUGCCAAUUUGAUAUGAACAGUAUUAAUCUUUUUGACUUUGAUUAGGGAUUCUAGUUGGGAAGUACUAAUUUUUUUUUUCUCAAUGUUCGUAGUGUAGUGUGAAUAUCAGACUCUUUAUUCUGUAAAUUGGCAAAAUAAGAAAAUAAUUACACAAGCAUGAUUUAGGCAA